CUUUGGUGCACUAGUGCUACAAAACAUCAGAGUGUUCGCCAUCGUAUUCUCAAACGGCAAUGGAAAAAAGAGAAGAGUAUAACGGGAGUUUGCUCGAGGGCGGCUACAAGAUCAAAACCUACAAAAGGCGAUGGAUUAUCCUCAUCCUUUACAUGAUAUACAACGCUGUAGGUUCCUUCCAAUGGAUAGCCUACUCCAGCAUCACCAAUUUGGUCGUCAAGUACUAUGGUGUCAGCAGCAUGGUGGUGGAUUGGACCUCCAUAGCAUACAACGCCAUCUACCCUCUCUUCGUCGUACCUGCUUCAUACAUCAUCGAUAAAGAGGGUCUAAGAACAGCAGGAGUGUACGGCUGCAUCCUCACCUGCGCCGGUACGACGCUAAAGUUGUUCUCGUUUCACCCCGACCGGUUCUACAUCGUGGGCAUCGGGCAGGUGGUUCUGGCGAUAGCCAACGUGCUGGUGGCGUGCCUGCCGUCGAAAUUGGCGGCCGUUUGGUUCGGUCCCGACGAAAUAACCAUAGCGUGCUCUCUGGGAGUGUUCGGCUCCCAGAUAGGGGUGGCGCUCGGCUAUAUCGUGCCGCCUUUGGUGGUUAACAAUCAUGACAGUGCGGAGACCAUAGGUAUCGGUUUCCAUAAUUUGACUUGGAUGCUGACUCUUAUUAUAGUGCCCGUGACGAUUUGUAUUCUAUUUUAUUUUCCUAGUCAACCACAAAUGCCUCCGAGCAUCACGCAAGCCAAAAUACGAGAUUCCAAGGACGACUUCACCAACGAAGCCUUCUUCUCCUCUUUGAAGGAUUUGUGCACCAACAAGGCUUUUCUCGUUUUGAUGGUGGCUUAUGGCAUCAACAUUGGAGUUUAUUCCGCCGUGUCCACUCUACUCAAUCAAAUCAUCCUCCAGUAUUACGAGGAUGUAGAUUCAGAUGUUGGUAUCAUGGGUUGUAUAAUGGUCAUAAGCGGUUUGUGUGGCGCUAUCCUAUUUAGUAUAAUCCUUGACAAAACCCAUAAAUUCAGAAUAAUCACCGUCGUUAUUUAUUUGUGCUCCAUAGCCAGCAUAGUUUCUUUCAUGUUCGCCCUCGAAUCCAGGAUCAAACUACUGACUUAUGUCACUUGCGCUCUAGUAGGUUUCUUCACUACUGCUUUUAUGCCCGUGGGCUUUGAAUACGCCAUGGAAUUGACCUAUCCAGCAGAGGAAAGUACCACUUCAGGUCUGCUCAUGGCGAUGACUCAAAUAAUGGGCGUCGUGUUUACCAUUUCAUUGGGCUUUCUCAAUUUGGAAUUGGGAAGUUUUUGGGCCCUAUCUAGUCAAGCUGGUCUGCUCAUCAUAGGAGCUCUGGUCAAUUUCUUCGUGCCGAACAACAUGCUAUUGCGACAAGAGGCCCUGCGCAUGAUGAACAGUCAUACGCUCGAGCACCACAGGUCCUCCAGAUUGGUGUAUAUACAGUGAUUUAUUGUGUAAUGUAAGGAUUGUGUUAUAG